ACUUAAAAGAUAAAAUAGUAGGUAAAGAAUCCGCGAAAAAAAUUGUCGACUUACUGCGGGGUAAAAAUCGCAGAGAUUUUACCUAUAAUUCAGAUUUGGGAAAUCAUGUAGUAUUAAUCAAUGCUAGGCACAUAGCCUUUACUGGUAAUAAAUUAGAUAAAAAAAAUUAUUAUAACCAUUCAGGUUAUCCCGGUGGGCUACGCACUAGAAGUACCCGCUUAAUGUUAGAAAAAUAUCCUACCGAGUUAGUUUUUCGAAUUAUUAAAGGCAUGAUUCCGCAUAAUAAAUUAAUAAUGAAUAACAAUUAUUAUAUUGGAGUAGGUCGAAGGAAGGAAGCCACCGCUCGGGUCUAUUUAAAAGAAGGGAAGGGACAAGUUCAAGUUCGAACCAAACACGGAAAAGAAAAAAAACUAGAAGAGUACUUUUACAUGGAACCAUCCUUAUGCGAAGUUAUUUUUAAACCGCUCAAAAUAUUUAACAAAGAAAAAGAUUAUGACUUAAUAGUAAGGGUGAAAGGAAGUGGGUUUCAUAGUCAAGCCGAAGCUAUUAAACUAGGGAUAGCUAGAGCCUUAUUAAAAGUUUCUCCGGAAUAUAAACCAACUCUAAAAAGUUUUUCAUUACUGAAAACUGAUCCUAGAAAGAAAGAACGAGAGCAUAUUGAAGGAGAGAACAACGAAAACAUUGAAGAAUUAGCAGAAAAGUUUAAACUAAAAAAAUUACCCCUUGCUUCUUUUCCUAAUCACUUUCAGUUAAUUUAUAGUUUAAAAAUAAGUUCAGAAAAAGCAAGUAAAAACCUCGAAGAUUGUCUCCUGAUAUCUUUACCAAGCAACAUUUGGGAAAAAUUGAGUUGGUUAAAACACACCCCUUAUAAGGGUGAGGUCGGUGGUUCAAGUCCACCUAGAAAAAAUGCGAUGAAAUUCUGCCGAGAAUUUAACGAGCAAACCAAAGCAAUAGAAAGUUCAAAAAUUGUUAACGUAAGAGUAGUCAUUAAAGAAGAAGGUUCAUACCAAUUUUUUCUUGAAGGAAGGGUAACCUCUGAUUUAAUUAAAAAAAUAGUCGGUGAAGAAAAAGAAACUAGAAAAAAAGAAAUCAGCAAAUCAGAAAUUAAAAAAAUAAUCCAAGAAAAGUUAGCAUACUUAAACACCGAAGAUUACGAAAAAGCCGAAAAAACUCGUUCUCGUCGUUACCGAAAAAUAAAAGAACAAAUUCCUAGUGGUAAAAUUUAUUCGAUUUCCGAAGGAAUAAAAUUUUUACAAGAACACCACGAAGAAAAGUUAAAGAAUAUUGAAGUUAAUUUCUCCUUGGAUUGGGCUAAGCAAAAAAGUAAAAAUGUCUUAAAGAGUAAAAUAAUUUACCCUAACCCGCUGCCUCCGCGAAGUAAUUUAGUAAUUAUUAAAGAAAAUUUAACUCCGCAACUUAUUGAUAGCCUGCAAACCAAAAACAAUGUAGAGUUAUUAACGGCUGAUGAAUUACAAGCGAGGUUAUUAGUUCACCCAAAUAGUGAGAAGCAAAUUAAGCCCUUAGAAAGAACCCUUGGUCCCCGAGGAGUUUAUCCGACGAAAAAAAAUGGUCUUUUAACGGAAAAUAUUUUAGAGGAAACCGCCAAAUUCUACCAAGGAGAACGAGAAAUAAAAACUGAUAAAGGAGGAAAUAUUCAUAUGGUAUUAGGCAAAAUUGAUUUUAGUUCGGGAGCCUUGGAAGAAAACUACCAAACUUUGUAUCACAAAAUAACUAAUAAUUCAAGCGACGGAACCGAAACUGGCACUAUUAAUGGAAAGACCUUGGGGGGGGUACUGGGAACCAAUUGGGAGAGUGAUUUUGCUAACUACAACACUCGGGAAGAGAUUAGCGAAUAUGAAAACCAAUUACGAGAAAAAAUCUUUAAUGUAAAAGCAGAUAAAGAAAUAAAAAUUAAAUUUACGGUAAAAAAAGCCGAAGAAACUCGUGAGCAAAGACAAAAUUAUUAUGAUUUUAUAAGCCUUAAAAUCUCAACUGACUUUUUAAUGUCUACUUUGGUUCCGCAUUUAGACCUGAUGCACGGCGGCAGUGUCCAAGAUGCUCCCUUUUCGAAGAUUGAUUUUAUUUUUAACGAUGAACAGGCAGAUUUAGAAACUUAUGAAAUGUUAGCGGAGAGCGAGGGGGAAGAACUUGAAUUAAGUUUCAAUCUAUCUAAAAUUUAUUUUGAGCUUUAUGAUAUGGCGAAUGUAAUCCAAGAUAAACCAAAAAUAGUCAUGGGUGCCAGGAAUAAGAAGCUUGAAGUAUUUUUAACCCGCCCAGAUGCUCCGGAGGUAAUCACAAUUCAAAAAAUUAGCGAAAGCCCCGACCAGGAUGAUACUCCAAAACUUAAUGACCUAACUAACCUAUUAGACCAAGCUCUUUCCCCCAACAGCACUGAGCAAGAUAAAAUUACUGCUCUCAAAAAAUCUGGCGAAUUUUUAGGAUUUAUUACCCCAGAAAAUCAAACUAAAAUUACUCAAAUUAAUCAAGCAUUAGCCAACAUUUCUACUACUAAACUUAGUCAAGUAUUAAGCGAAAAAAUUGCAAAAGAAUUAACCACUAAUAACUUAACUAUCAAUGACCUACCACCCAAAGGCAAAACCAUUUAUCAGAAUAUUAAAAAUGGUUCACUAACUCAAAGUUCUAAAAUCCAAGCCGAAGAACAAAAAUUAACUAAAAUAAUCGGUGAAACAGGAGCUAAAAAAAAUUUAGACCAUUUAGAAACGCAAAUCCGGGCAGUUUUAUCCAGUAGCGACCUAGAAGCCAAAAGAAGGUUACAAAAAUUAUUAAGAAAAUUCCUGAAAAACCAAAACACUUUUUAUCAAACCGAAAAACCACGAGCCCAACAGCUAAACCAAGAAUUAAAAAAAUCUAUCCGAGAAAAUGAUGUCAAGCAAAAUUCUGGUAUUCCGUGGGGGAAAGUUCUUCCCUGGGCUGCUGUGGGAAUUGAGAAAGCAUUACCCGAUUAUUCUUUACAGUUGCAGCAAGCUAACGCCCUUAUUUUCUGUCAAGAAGAUGAGUACAAACCCUUAAAUAUCCUCGCUCGGUUCAAUAAAGAAAAACGUGGUCUAAAAAGAUUUCACGGCGGUAUUUAUGAACAAAAAUUAAUCGAUAGUUCUCUACUUGAAAAAUGA